UAAACAAACGUGAUGCUUAUGGCGCUCGGCUGGACACGUAAUUUCCGCUUUGUCGUCAUCACAGAGCGACGUUUUCUCAGGAAGCAAGUGGUUGAAGCGAAAUCACCCCGUCUAAAAGAAAUGGCACCAUCACCCACAAAACGGAAGGAGGAGGAAAAAACAAAGGACAGAGGCAAAGAAAAAACUGGUACAAAGGAAGGAGAAAAGGAAAGAGGACGUGAGAAAGAAAGGAAACGCCGCAGUGCUUCAACUGGCAGCAGCAGCAGCAGAUCUAGUUCUACUUCAAGCAGCACCUCUGGUUCCAGCUCUGGGUCCUCAAGUGGAUCCAGCUCAUCUGGUUCCAGCCGAUCUGGUUCUUCUAGUUCCCGUUCCUCCUCGUCAAGCUCCUCAGGCUCCCCAAGCCCCAGCCGCAGACGCCAUGACAACCGCCGGCGCUCCCGCUCAGCGUCCAAAACACAGAAGAGGGGAGAUGAUAAGGAGCGAAGGAAAAGAAGCCCAAGCCCCAAACCAACUAAAGUUCACCUUGGGCGGCUGACCAGGAACGUCACCAAGGACCACAUUCAGGAGAUCUUUUCCACAUAUGGUAAAAUAAAAAUGGUUGACAUGCCAAUGGACAGACUCCACCCACACCUGUCCAGGGGCUAUGCUUAUGUGGAGUUUGAGGCUCCUGAAGAUGCCCAGAAGGCCCUCAAACACAUGGACGGAGGUCAGAUUGAUGGACAGGAGAUCUCUGCGUGUGCUGUGCUGACUCAGCGUAUCCGUCCUCCACCUCGAAGAACCUCUCCCCCUCGCAGAAUGCCCCCACCACCACCUAUGUGGCGUCGCAGUCCACCACGCAUGAGGAGAAGGUCCCGCUCCCCGAGGCGGCGGUCCCCUGUUCGCCGGCGCUCUCGCUCCAGAUCUCCUGGUCGCAGGCGUCACCGCUCUCGUUCCAGCUCUAACUCCUCCAGAUAGAUGGAUUUCUUGCUCUACAUUGCAAGCAUUCUCUUAGAUUCUCCACUACCAGAUCAGCUGGAUUACAUUUGACAGAAUUCACCAGAACUCACCAGAAUUAAAAUCCUUUCAUUUGUUCCCAGAGCAAACAUUUGCUUGCAUGUUGAACAUUGACUCUUUUCUUUUCUUUUUUUUGUUGUGUGUGCAAAUGUGUUUUUUUUUUAAAUAUAUUUUGUGAUGUCUUAGGCUGGGGUUGGCCUCCACCUAUAGCUACAAACAUUUCUUUUGAAGUAUGAUUUUUUUUUUCCUACCAUGUACUGAAUUUUUAGACAUUUUGAAAAAUAAAAGUUUAGAACAGUCAGAUUAAGACCAAAAGGCCUUGCUUGUUACCCUUGUUGGCUCAGUGCCUGCACGUUUGUUUACUUGAGGUACAGUUGCAUGUUCUUUGAUGAACAUCGAAAAUACACUUGAAAUUAAUCAGUCUUCUAUAAACAGCAAUGUGUUCACAUUUCCGCAAGAACACUUAGAAGUCACAUUUACUCAUUAAUCAUCUGAUAUGUGUGGUCUCUGGAGGAGUACAGUAGGUUUCUGCAGAUUGCUGCCUCAGUGCAAGUG